UUCAAAUAAAGAAAUGCAAAGAAAAUAGGAAUUGGUCCCAAGGCUGCUAUUGCUCUAACAACUAUUUUUUUUCUUUCUUUCUUUCUUUUGUGUUCCUAAACUUUUGCUGUAUAAAUAUUUGUGUCAUUGGAUUCAAAUUAUGUCACUUCUUCCUUCUUAACUAAUGCACUACUCAUUGUAGUGCUUUUCUUAACAACUUCAAUAAUUCUUCUUUGAUUAACUGAAAUAGUAUUCAGAGGAUUCUACAUUGGCGGAUCUUGGAAGAGUUUCCGGGGAGAAAUGAAGGCUCCGCGCCGCGGCGGCCCGGCAACGGGUCGGCUGUUGAUGGUGGCAGCAUUGGUUGUUUUAGCUGCCUCAAUGGUUUCAGCUGACUCUCAUGCGUACUCCUCUCCACCACCACCUUAUGAGUACAAGUCUCCUCCUCCACCGCCACCGUAUGUGUACAAGUCUCCGCCACCGCCACCUUAUGAGUACAAGUCUCCUCCACCUCCAUCACCUUCUCCACCACCACCAUAUGUGUAUAAAUCACCGCCUCCACCGCCUUACAAGUACAAGUCUCCUCCACCACCACCAUAUGAAUACAAAUCUCCUCCACCGCCAUCACCUUCACCACCACCACCGUAUGUAUACAAAUCACCACCUCCACCACCGUAUAAGUACAAGUCACCACCGCCACCACCUUAUGAAUACAAGUCUCCGCCGCCACCCUCACCAUCUCCUCCAACACCAUACUACUAUCAUUCUCCACCGCCGCCAAAGAAAUCUCCACCUCCUCCACCGGUUUAUUACUACAAGUCCCCACCUCCUCCCGUAUACAAUUAUACUUCACCACCACCUCCGGUCAAGUCACCACCUCCACCAUAUUACUACCACUCCCCGCCACCACCGGUUAAAUCCCCACCACCUCCAUAUUACUACCACUCACCACCACCACCGGUAAAAUCUCCGCCACCUCCAUAUUACUACCAUUCACCACCACCACCUAAAAAGUCACCACCUCCUCCUUACUACUACCACUCCCCGCCACCACCGGUAAAAUCUCCACCACCUCCAUACUACUACCAUUCACCACCACCACCUAAAAAGUCUCCUCCUCCGCCAUACUAUUACCAUUCCCCACCACCACCGGUAAAAUCUCCUCCUCCUCCUUACUACUACCAUUCACCACCACCGCCUAAAAAGUCUCCUCCGCCACCAUACUACUACCACUCACCACCACCUCCGGUGAAGUCACCACCGCCUCCAUACUACUACUCUUCUCCGCCACCUCCCAAGAAAUCUCCUCCACCGCCUUAUUACUACGUUUCACCUCCACCACCAAAGAAAUCUCCCCCGCCACCCUACUAUUACCACUCACCCCCACCACCCAAAAAAUCACCACCACCACCGUAUUACUACGUUUCUCCACCGCCACCUAAGAAAUCUCCGCCGCCGCCAUACUAUUACACAUCCCCACCACCACCGGUAAAGUCACCACCACCACCAUACUACUACAGCUCUCCUCCGCCUCCUAAGAAGUCUCCACCACCACCGUACUAUUAUGUUUCUCCACCACCACCACCAAAGAAAUAUCCACCACCCUAUUACUACACUUCUCCUCCGCCGCCGGUCAAGACUUAUCCUCCACCCUACCAUUACACUUCACCACCACCACCACCAAAGAAGUACCCGCCUCCCUACUACUACACUUCUCCCCCGCCGCCAGUGAAGACUUAUCCUCCACCGUAUUAUUACACUUCGCCACCACCACCACCAAAGAAGUAUCCACCCCCCUACUACUACACUUCUCCGCCACCACCGGUGAAGACUUAUCCUCCACCGUACCAUUACACUUCACCGCCACCACCAACGAAAUAUCCACCAGCUCCUUACUACCCUCAUUCCGAGGUCGUUAAAGUUGUCGGAAAAGUCUACUGCUACAGAUGCUACGAUUGGGACUACCCCACUAAAUCCCAUGACAAGAAACAUCUCAAAGGAGCUGUUGUGGAAGUAACAUGCUGGGCUGGCGCGAAGAAAAUUGUGGCAUACGGAACAACAAAGAUCAAUGGAAACUAUGCAAUUACAGUUGAAGGAUUUAGCUACGAGAAGUAUGGAGCUGAGGCAUGUGUUGCUAAGCUACAUAAGGCACCAAAGGACUCCAAAUGCAACAUUCCUACAAAUUAUCAUUGGGGAAUUAAGGGUGCAAAACUCAAGGUCAAGUCCAAGACCGAAUAUGAAGUUGUGCUCUAUGCUAAACCAUUUGCUUAUGCUCCCAAGACACCUUAUGAAGAAUGUUCCAAACCUGAGCCACCUACUCCCACUCCUUACUAUUACAAGUCCCCACCACCACCGCCACCGACUUAUUAUUACAAGUCGCCGCCUCCUCCUCCUGUUUACGCUUACAAGUCACCACCACCGCCGGUGAAAUAUCCACCACCGGUGUACUACUACAAGUCGCCACCUCCACCUCCUUACUAUUAUAAAUCUCCUCCACCGCCCUCGCCAUCACUACCACCUCCGUAUUACUACAAGUCUCCACCACCACCGUCGCCAUCUCCUCCUCCGCCCUACUAUUAUAAAUCUCCUCCACCGCCAUUCCCCUCACCUCCACCACCAUACUACUAUAAGUCCCCACCACCACCGUCACCAUCACCACCACCUCCGUACUACUAUAAGUCUCCUCCACCUCCGUCGCCAUCUCCUCCACCACCUUACUACUACAAGUCCCCUCCACCGCCUUCCCCUUCACCACCACCACCAUACUACUAUAAGUCCCCACCACCUCCGUCGCCAUCUCCUCCACCACCUUACUACUACAAGUCCCCUCCACCUCCUUCCCCUUCACCACCACCUCCAUACUACUAUAAAUCCCCACCACCUCCAUCACCAUCUCCUCCACCACCAUACUACUAUAAAUCCCCACCACCGCCGUCACCAUCACCACCACCACCAUACUACUAUAAGUCUCCACCACCUCCAUCGCCAUCUCCUCCACCACCUUACUACUACAAGUCCCCUCCACCGCCUUCCCCUUCACCACCACCACCUUACUACUAUAAAUCCCCACCACCACCGUCACCAUCUCCUCCGCCGCCUUACUACUACAAGUCCCCCCCACCACCUUCACCAUCACCACCACCGCCUUAUUACUAUAAGUCCCCACCACCACCGUCGCCAUCUCCUCCUCCACCCUACUAUUAUAAGUCUCCUCCACCGCCUUCCCCUUCACCUCCACCACCUUACUACUACAAGUCCCCUCCGCCACCUUCUCCAUCUCCGCCACCACCGUACUACUACAAGUCCCCUCCACCACCACCACAUGCUGUUAAGGGACCACCACCGGCCUACGUCUACACUUCUCCACCACCACCACAUUACGAAUAAGAUUCCAGUUAUUCCAGCUCAUCUUGUUUAGAUAGUUUGCCAUUUUAACCGUUAGGAAUAAUAGGACCACCCGGGAAAGAGACUCUGAAGUCAAAACACCAUCAUCAAAAAGAGUAUCCAAAAUAAGGUCGUCAAAAUGGAAUUCAAAGGCUUGAGAAAUCUUCACCGCAGACGAUGAUUUUUUCUUCUUCUUCUUCCCCUGGUGGCCCUCUAUCUUUCGUACGAGUGCAAAAAAAGUUGUCCUCAACAAAAUUUGUUGUUCAAAUUCAUUAGUUCAAAAGCUGUUCAUUAGUAGUUUUGAGGAUGACUUUUGUUAUUUUUGUUUGAGUGAUUCAUCAUGUAAUUAGUGCUGCAGUCUCAUGUUUCCACUGCCCAAUCAAUGUGAUCAAUAAAAGAUUCAUGUUCCCA